GGUUAUUCACCAAAGCAAAUGAAUUUUGAAUAGCGGAUGAACCUGCGUAGACUCUCUUUCAGAAUGGCCGAAGAAAUCUCCAGGUCCGCCUCCGACCUCCGACCCUCUGCCUCCACCGCCACCGUCGCCGCCGCCGCAUCAAAGUCAAAGUCAAAAUCUUUCUGGCCCUCCGUCCUCCGCUGGAUCCCCACCUCCACCGAUCACAUCAUCGCCGCCGAGAAUCGCCUCCUCUCUAUCGUCAAGACUCCGUAUGUGGUGGAGCGGGUCAAUAUCGGGUCGGGCCCGCCCGGGUCGAAAGUGAGGUGGUUCAGGUCUGCAAGCAACGAGGAGAGGUUUAUCAACACUGUCACUUUUGACAGCAAAGAUGAGGCUCCUACUAUUGUGAUGGUUCAUGGAUACGGUGCCUCUCAAGGUUUCUUCUUCAGGAACUUUGAUGCUCUCGCGAGUCGGUUCAGGGUCAUUGCUAUUGAUCAACUUGGCUGGGGUGGAUCAAGCAGACCCGAUUUUACAUGCAAAAGCACUGAAGAAACCGAGGCAUGGUUUAUUGAUUCUUUGGAAGAAUGGCGGAAAGCCAAGAAUCUCAGCAACUUUAUAUUACUUGGACAUUCAUUUGGUGGCUAUGUUGCAGCCAAGUAUGCUCUAAAGCAUCCGGAGCACAUUAAGCAUUUAGUUUUGGUGGGUCCUGCUGGAUUCUCCUCGGCAGAAGAUGCAAGGAAUGAAUGGAUCAUGCAGUUUAAAUCAACAUGGAAAGGAGCAAUUAUCAACCAUUUGUGGGAGUCUAAUUUUACUCCUCAGAAAUUAAUCAGAGGAUUAGGGCCUUGGGGUCCAAAGAUUGUUCGGGGUUACACAAAUAGUAGAUUUGGUGCUCGUGCUGCAGGGACCACCCUAAAUGAGCAUGAAGCCCAACUGCUAACAGAUUACGUGUACCAUACUUUAGCUGCCAAAGCAAGUGGAGAGUUGUGCUUGAAAUAUAUUUUUUCUUUCGGAGCAUUUGCUCGGAAGCCUCUUCUUCAGAGUGCACCAGAGUGGAAAGUUCCAACUACCUUUAUUUAUGGCUAUCAAGAUUGGAUGAAUUAUCAAGGGGCUCAAGAAGCUCGCAAGGAUAUGAAGGUCCCGUGUGAGAUUAUUAGAGUUCCUGAGGCAGGACACUUUGUAUUCAUAGACAAUCCGGAGGGUUUCCAUUCAGCUGUUUUCCACGCUUGCCGGAGAUUUCUGUCACCUGACCCAGACAAUGAAUCCUUGCCUGAAGGUUUGACAGCUGUCUGAAGUGAAUACUUAGUUGCUUUCUCAUUUCCUUUGUACAGAAGUACAUAUCAAUCAAUCUCUUUAUUUAAGAUGAUUCAUCCAAAUUCCACUGAUUCAAUCCUUAUAUUCUUUCUGAGUAUAUGUAUUUGCUAUGAGAUCCCAUUUGCUAUACUCAUGCAUGCAUAAAUGCUGACCGACAGUCUGUACAUCUAUGAUAUCUUUACGGGACAAACGACUUGUCUAGUUUUAAUAAAAGCAUCCCAUUCAGUUUCAUUUUCA